AUGCUGCUUUUCACCUUCAUCGUCCUAUUUCUCAUGCCGAUCGUCCAUUCGCGCGAUGCGUACGACGACGACGGCUUCAUGUACUCUCGGCGCGAAAUCGAUGCAGAUGGCUACAAGUUCCCGCAUCGCAGCACCGUUUUCCACCGCGUGGUCGAUGGGCGAAUCGCACGCACCGACCAGCAGGGGUGCAUCGACCCGUUUAGAUCGAGGGCCAUGCCGACAACAUUUGCGGCUAAAUCGUGUCUGGUGAAGGACGUGGAAUACGGAUGCAUCGAGUGUCCGGUUGGCUUUGAGAUUGAUCAGGUCUACCCAGUAUGUAACCCAUGGAACGAGACGUUGGCGGUCAACAUGGAGCUGGUCGCGAAGGACUACGAUGAUGCUACCGUGAUCGCGUUGCCGUCACCGGAGGAUCGUUAUUGUGAAGACGAGCAGAUAUGUUCAGACGGCUACUUCAUGCUGCAGAAUCGAUGCUGGGAGUGCGGGGCGAUGACGCGGCUUUGUGCCCGCUGCGAGCUGAACAUGAAUCUCUGGCGCCCGCGGGUGCAGGACCGAACACGCCGAAAGCGCCAAUUUGGCGAUGAUGACGACGACUCCGAUGAUGAUGAAGAUGACGUCGUCGCGCCACCCGUCGACGACAAACCGUACAUCGAAGUUGACGACCGCGAAUGGGAGGAUGUUCCGCAUCCGCACGGCGAGGUCAACCGCAUCGUCAACGAUGAGAAUUAUUUCCACGCGCCAGGCUUCUUCUACUCUAAGUUUUUCAGAAGUCUCGACGAAUGGAAAGUCUACUGGACCGAUAAAGAGGAAGAUGGCAGGAAGAAGACGAACAUCUUCGGACCAUUCUGCGUGAGCGAAGAUUGUAUGGAAAAUUGUGAGGCCGAAACGGAUUUCGAGGUUUUUCUGCUGCAUCCUUGCCCCACCUGCAAACCCGGCGCAUACAAGAACGUCAACGGCUACUGCGUCAAAAGCUGUCCAAAUGGCACCUACGCGACUACGGAAACCAAGCCACCAUCGUGUGUCCCGUGUCUACAUCCGCAUCUUUGCUCUCAAUGUGAUCGAGUCUUUGGAGCCGACGCGGCUGUCCGAUCGACGGCUCCAUAUACGCAUAGUAGAGCUGAUGAAGUUGAAGACCCGACCCUAAAACGAAUGUUUUGCACGGCUCUCCACACGCCCAGCUCACAUCCGGAAUGCAUUGAGGGGAUCCAAUACACCGACUCUGGCGGGGACUGCCGCCUCUGCCAUCCCGAAUGUAAUGGGUGCUACGGGCCGAGCCCCGACCAGUGCAAGAAGUGUCGACAUUUUAUGGAUACCUGGAAGCGCUGCGUCCCCCGAUGUCCCGACGGCUUCCGUCCUGUAGAGCUGCGACGCAACGAGUUCUUCUGCAACUUUAGGCCCCCACAUGCUCACGUUGAACUUGUGAAAGUCACCUUCAACCAGCACUACAGCGGAUACCAGAAAAACAAGGCCGACAUCCUGCUCCUCUGCCAUUUGCUCCUCUACCUGGCGCUCCAAUUUUUGGCGAGCAUUGCCGCGUUGCUCUUUUCCGGCCCCGACAAUGCCGCGCUGAUCCCGUGGAAUAAGGAGCACGAUGCACGUGCCCGAGCCGUGAGAGAAGCAAAAGCACGCUUCCGCGCUAGAAGACGUUCACGCUCAAACGAUAAUAUCAAGAAUUCGGGUACCGCGAGCUCACCGGCUGAUUCCUAUCCCGACGAAGUCACGGCUGGCCGGAACCCGAUUUUCGUCAGGCGUCGCUUGAUCAUACGCAAAAUUCGACGUCCAAAAGCUAAGCCCGCCCUUCCGAGGCUGCCCAGGAUGCCGUCGCUUGGCCUAACGUCAGCCAUCAGUACCACAACCAACUCCGCCACCACCGUGGCCGUGACACAAGAUGAAGCUCCACCCGGCACGAAGCCGCGACGCAAGAACAAGUCUAAGGAGUUGACCACCACCAAGGGGAAGCUGUCAAAGAACAACAAGAAGAAGAAGCCGAGAAAGACAGUAUCCCAAGCCGCCAUCUCCCUGACCGCCACCUCGGCCACUACCGUAAUCCCACAACAAAAACCCACACCGCCCGUCCCGGCGGCCACCUCAUCCGUGCCGACGUCUGUCAGCAUGGAACCGUCAAAGCAGGGCAGCUUGUCGUCGGUGGCUGCGGAUAGUGUUUUGGAUGAUACGCCCAUGUCCUCCCAUCUCGAUGUAACGCAACGGCCGGCCCAACGCUCACCGCAAGCCACCCAAGCUCUGCCUCCUCAAGCUCCCGCUCCGCUGCCACUUCAAGCACAACCCUCAAACCCCGUCCAACCGAUUGUUCGACUUCGAUCGGCCACCGCCACGCCUCCUACUGGGCGGCGACGCUCGACAGGUCGCAUGUCUACGGAACAGAAGAAGCAAAAAUCUCCACUCGUCUCGCGCGCACCCCGCCAACACCUCAGCCCCAAGCAGGUCACCCAGCAGGAAUCGAAGUACACAUCAAUACAUCCCACCGUCAGCACGGAUGGCAAGGCAUUGAGUCCCGCUCCCGAAGACCCGAAAAACGCUGUACAGCCGCGACGCAACUCU